UAUAACUGAGAACGUAAGAAGCUAUUAUCAAAUUUCAUGAUCAGAAUGAUUAAUAUCUCUUCUCUAAAUCAACUAACGAAUUUUUUGUUCAUUUAAAAGUGUGAGUGAGAUAGCGACAAGUAUAAUUAUAUCUACUGAAACAUCUGGUAUGGUAUUGCAUUUUCACGUUGUUGGACUGUAUAAUAAGUUUGCAGUGAAUAAAGUGUCUUUGUUUGUUUAAAAAAUGAGGAUCAUCACUAAAUCUCCGGUUUUCGCUUUAGCAAUCUUCCUCAAUUCUGUUGGAUUUAGUACGCAGCCAGGAAUUCCCCUGACACGACGACCCAUACGCCAUGAACUGUUUAGAGGACUUCCAGUUGAUCCUAUCGGUACAUCUCCAUAUCCAUUAUACCCUUCCGAAGUAUUGAGAUCGUUUCGCAGGAUAAUUAAUAGACAACCCGUACCUUGCGACGCAAAUACAAUUUUAGUAACAAGGGGUAGUUUAGUCAUUGGAUGGCUCGAUGAAGGUAUGGUUGCUCCACUGUAUACCACAAGUGGCGCUGAGGGUGGAUACAGUCAAAUAUUUGGAAACAUAGUGAUUUUUGAUGAAGAAAUUAGCCGGAUAAUGGGAGUGCGUCGUCCUCUGCCACUUACUUCGAAUCUUGAACAACCUCAUACCCAACCCAAUCAACCCAGGCACACCAUUAGAAGACACAACAGCCUCAGAGUCAACAUUAGAAGUCGCAACAGCCCACGUCACUCCAGCUCCAGCUCCAGCUCCAGUUCCAGCUCAGAGUUUGAGUCCGAUCACAACACACUGGAAUUCAACAUGCCCAGAAAGAAAUAAGUAACAUUCCCACUUAAAAAUUCGGAACCUUUUUGUUAUAUUUUCUAAAGUCCUGACUUGGAGAGUUCUUUUUUGAGGACCAAAUAUCCCCUAUUCAUGGUAAAGAAUAAUGUUCAAAAUUAUACGGAAAUCAAUAUCAUUUUGAUAUGCACGAAAAUGGUACCGAAAACGGUUCAGUGUAUUUGAAAAGCUUAGAAAUAACGAAAUCUGAUCAUAUAUCUGGUAUUACGUAUGUUAUAAAAUUUCUUUAUCACAUCCGCACAAAACAUUGGCGGCCAUUUUGUUUAAUCUGACAGAUGACCCUAAAAUCAGAUCAGAAUAUUCUUUUUUACUGUGUUUUUACCGGAUUGAAAAUAUAUAUUUCGAGGUCGUCAUUUGCCUAAAUUUAUUUAGGCAGAUUUUGCCUAAAAGUAAACAUUAAUGUUUGAAACAUUUUAUUUCCACAAUUUUAACAGGCCUAUCUUAUAUAAUACAGGUUUUUUUUCGUAAUAAAAAAAGACGUUUUAAGUUAGGCAUUAUCACUCUUCAAGUUUUGAUUUUAUGAUAAAGUUGAGAUUAAGAAAUAAAAUUUAUCGCUAAUUUUUUUUCAGUUGUAACUAUAUGAAAAAUAUUUUUAAUAUUACUAGCAACAAUCUCUACUAUUAAAUAAAAUGUAAUGAAAACUGGAACCACAACUGAAAACUAGUGCGUACAUUAAAUUGAAAAAUAGAUGAAUUGGUGUGAAAGGAAAGUCCGCUGUACCUUAUUUUUUCUAUGUAAUAUAAAAAACAUACACUUGAGGCGUAAAAAUUGACAUAUAACGACAUUUUUACAUUAAUUAGAUUCCAGUCCAGGGAAGUUACUUUAAAUUUCAGAAAAAUCAGCUUUUUAAGAAUUUUGCAACGUUUCAAGAAAAUAACUUUUUUUCUUAGAAUUCAUAAGAAAAUGAUAAAUAACUUUUCAU